UAUACAUACAUAGCACAUUCAAUUUUUGCUUCCUUCUUCCGUUUCCUCCUUUCUUCUCUUUUUCCUUCCUUGUUACCAUGAGCAGCCAAGGUGGCGUUGGCGGCGCUGGUGGCGGGUCUAGAUUUUCGAUCCCUGAAAAUGCAAAGAAAACGAUCCAAAGCAUUAGGGAGAUCACAGGGAAGCAACACAGCGAUGAAGAAAUCUAUGCAGUCCUCAAGGAGUGCUUUAUGGAUCCUAAUGAAACUGCCCAAAAGCUUCUUCAUCUGGAUACAUUUCAUGAGGUGAAAAGAAAACGUGAUAAGAAAAAGGAGGCAAGUGCUGGUGUACAAGGAAGAGGGGGCCAGGGCAGUCGAGGGAACUAUCACACAUCUUUUGGUAAAAAUGCUGGAGGUGCAAGGAAUGCAUCUGCUCGAAGGGAGAAUCGGAAAGUGGAAAAUAAUGCAGCUUCUCACACAAAGAAAACAACAGCUGCUAUAACAAAUGGCUAUACAACUUUACCAAAUGGGAGCUCCAGUCAUGGAUCCCAAUUUUCUGCCAAUGUUGUUAAUGGUGAAACUAAAGAUGGCUUACCUGCAAACAAGCCAACAGCUAUUUCAGUGCAACCAGAUGUUGUUGAACCUUCUGCUACCAUUCCUGCUCCAUCCUUUGUCUCUUUGAUCAGAGGUCAAGAGAAGUCCGCAUCAAAUUCUAAUGGUUCAUUAUCUUCUUCCACUUCCACAAUUGUGUCUGGUGUCUAUUCAUCUUCUUCAGAUCCUGUGGUGGUGCCAACCGUGUCAUACCAUGCUGGUACGGUGGGUACAAUGAAAAGUGAAAUUGGACGCCAGAGGGAAGCUGCUGAAAUAAUCAAUAUUCAAGGAAACAAACAUGUUCCUGAUGAUAUUAAUGUAUCAAAAACUGAGAAAACAUCCUCCGAGGUUCCUAUCGCGAUGCAUGGAAAUAAGACACCCGACAAAUCAAAGGCUGCUGAACAAGUUAAGCAAUCCAAACCUAUAGAGUCCACCUUGCUAGAAGUUGUCACAUCUGAGGUUGCAACUCUGACUGUUAAAGCCAAUUCUCAAUUGCUUGCUGAUUCAAAUGCUUCCAACAGUCAUCAUGUUACUUUUCCCACCCACUUCCAAGUCUCUGAAAAUGGUUUAACUUUUGGAAGCUUUGAUGCUAGUUUUGGUCUGGGAACAAAACACAAUAAUGUCACUAGUGCGGAGAUUACCUCUGGAUGCCCUGUUGUAACUUCUAUGGGUAGUGAUGAGCCUGCCAGAGAGCCAUCUUCUAGAAGCAAAGGUAUGCUAUCAACACUGGAAGGGGAAAAUGCUCAACUGCAAUCUCCUCCGGAGUUGGAGAAAGUGCCAGAACCAGAAGGCAAUAGUUCUUCUGAUGCAGAGUUGAAAGUUGAUCAGUCAAAUCCAGAAGUGAAUUUGCACCCUGAAGGUAAUCAGUGUGCCAUUCCAAAUGCCCCUAGCUAUGGAUUUGGUUUAAUGCCUGCAUCCACAAGUCACCUACCACAGUUUGAUGGACCCGAGGCUUGGGCACAUGAUGUUUCUCACCUUGCAAACUUUUCUGCUGGGAAUUCUUCAGUUCCAUCUGGUACUUCAACACCACCUAUUCAGAGCUCUGUUGCUGCAGCCCUACAAGCAGUUCACCUUUUCCAUCAGCCAUUUCCUCCUAAUUACUUCCCUUAUCCCCACUAUCUUCAUCCUUUUUAUAUGCAUGCAAUGCAUCAAUAUUUGAACCUGACCGGGCUCCCUCAGCAACCGCCUGCUGGUAAUCUAUACAUGCCGCCUGGAGCAGCUGCACCUGGGGUCAAGUUCCCGCUUCCACAGUUCAAGCCCGGAACUAAUGCUGGAAACCCUGCUCACUUCACAAUUCCAUCAGGCUAUGGUCCAUUGACUCCACCUGUUGGUUUCAAUUUAUCUGUCCCAUCAGUGACCUCCGGAAACUCUAGUGGCAAGGAGGAUCUUACAGUAUCGCAUUUGAAAGAAAAUCAUAUAUAUACAAGUGGACCAUUGAAUGAAGGUUCGGAUAUCUGGAUGGCUGCACCGGGGCAAAAUUUAUCUAACUUGCUGGUUAAUCCGUUGUACAAUGUCUCCCUUCUCGGCCAACAUCUUCCUUUCUCUCCUGCACAGGCCGGUCAUGGUGCCAUUGCUGGACUUUAUCAAUCAUCACAAGCACCAGCUGCUCCUAAUGCUAAUGCACUGCUUCAACAGCCUCAACCCAUGGCAGCUGCAGAAGCCAAAGUCCCUGCAUCCGGUGCUUAUCAGCAGCCUCAACUUGCACAAAUCGAUUGGAACACUAAUUACUGAACCCUUGAAAUCUUUCCCGACAGAGAAUACAUGGAGGGACUUAGGAACGGGUGAAACUCUGAACUGUUUUUUGUGGUUGUAAAUAUUAAAGCCAUCUCAUAUAUAUGUCUGGUGGGGAAAUAAGUUCUUUUUGGGACUUAUUAUUCUCUUAAGAUGCCUGAUUAGAAGGGAUUUCAAUAGAUGGAUUGAUAGAUUAGGUGGGAUUUCACCAAAUUUUCCUUUCAAUUAUUUCACCUGUAUAUUAAAUUUUGAUUAGGGAGGAAAGUUGAUACAACCUGUAAUUGGUGUUUUGCAAGUUCCUAGUUUCUAGUUUCCUUUUAAUUGACUGAUGCUCAUAUUCAAUGAA